AUGAAAGCUAGGCUUAGAGCUAAAGUAUGGUGGCCCAGGUACGACAAGGACGUUGAGAGACUGGUGAAGUCGUGUAAAGGAUGCACACUUGUUUCAGCACCAAAUCCCCCAAAUCCGAUCAAGAGAAGGGAAUUGCCAACACACCCCUGGGUUGAUAUUGCAAUUGAUCUCUUAGGUCCUUUGCCGUCUGGGGAUUACCUUCUGGUAGUAAUCGACUACUAUUCGCGGUAUAAAGAAAUAAAGGCUUGCCGCGAUAUAUCAAGCAAGGCUAUGAUAGCUAUAUUGAAGGAAAUGUUUAGUCGACUAGGAUGUCCAAUCACGAUUACGGCGGACAACGGUAAACAGUUCGUUAGCCAGGAAUUCAGAGAUUUUUGCCAAAAUAAUGACAUCCAUUUGUUCAACACUAUCCCUUAUUGGCCCCAGCAAAAUGGAGAGGUGGAACGCCAGAACAGAGACAUUAUUAAACGUUUAAAGAUAAGUCAAAUUGACAAAAAGAACUGGAAAGAUUCGCUUUUGGAAUAUCUGACUAUGUAUAAUAGUACUCCCCAUACGACUACGGGAAAGACGCCAGCGGAAUUAUUUUUCCAACGGAAAUUUAGAGACAAGAUACCGAUGAUAGAUACGUUUGAAUAUAAUUAUAAAGACCAAGAUAUGGACGUCAGAGACAGGGACAGAGAGCAAAAAGAAAAAGGAAAAGAAUACGCGAACAAGAAGAGAAGAGUUGAGGAUGGAAACAUAAAAGUAGGGGAUGAGGUUUAUGUUAAAAAUAUGAAUAAGACAAAUAAGUUAGCUCCAAAUUAUGAGCCAACCCGUCACACUGUAGUAUCUUCUAAAGGCGGAGAUGUAAACAUUGAAAAUAACGAAACUGGACAAAGACUGAGAAGAAACAUGAUGCAUUUAAAAAAGGUCGAAGGACAAUGGAAAAUCUUGGACGAAGAGAUGACAGAGACGAAUGGUGGCGAAUCAGAUAAUUAA